UAGACGCGCCAUCGAUAUUUCUCCACCACUACGAACGAUUUAAUCUGCGGCAAAUCUACGUGUCCACUUUUUUAUUAAUUGUGAAUUGAAGCAAAUUUACCAAAAUGCAUACGGUUUUAACCCGUGGAAAUGCCACAGUGGCAUAUUCCUUAAGCGUCCUGGCCUGCUUGACGUUCUGCUGCUUCGUAUCGACCGUUUUCCUGGACUACAGAACCGACGCCAACAUAAAUACGGUGCGAGUGCUUGUGAAAAAUGUUCCUGAUUACGGUGCAUCGAGGGAGAAACAUGACUUAGGAUUCCUCACUUUUGAUUUGGAAACCAAUCUAACCAGCGUUUUCAACUGGAAUGUGAAGCAGCUGUUCAUCUAUUUGACUGCUGAAUACAAAACACCAUCGAAUCAAUUAAAUCAAGUUGUGCUCUGGGACAAAAUCAUUUUGCGUGGCGAAAACGCCGUUUUGGAUUUUAAGAACGUGAACACAAAGUACUAUUUCUGGGAUGAUGGUAACGGUCUGCGGGACAACAAAAAUGUAUCUCUUUAUCUGUCGUGGAACAUCAUACCGAAUGCCGGUCUACUGCCCUCUGUAAAAUCCACCGGAAAGCAUGUAUUUAAAUUCCCCUCAGAGUAUAGCUCAUCCAUUUAGAAACAUAAAAACUUUUGAAUAAUUUGUAGAUUGUACUUUAAAUGCGUUUUGUACUAAAAUAAAAUUGCUUUUUGUUUUGCGUACAAUUGCAAAAAAAAAUAAUAGAAAA